AUGGCGGACCCCUCUGAUCUCAACUUGGACGCGCCCAGCGACCUCCAGGACAUUCCUGAGCUGGCCAUGCAAUUGAUUCCCCCACCUGAGGGAACAUACCCUGAUAAACAAACCCUACUCGCUGCCGUCCAGAGUCAUGGCAAAACCCACGGCUACAACGUGGUGGUCAAAUCCUCGAGUACUCCGACAGAGAAGAAGCCGGGUCGAACUGCGAAGGUGUGGCUGCGUUGCGAUCGUGGUGGUCACUAUCGGCCUCGAAAUGGACUCACCGAAGAAACUCGCAAACGCCGCCGAACCUCCCGACUGAUGGACUGUCCUUUCAUGCUCGUCGCAGCUGGUUCCCCAGGUAUCUGGAGCUUGACCGUCUUGAAUCCGACCCACAACCAUGGACCCAUCGUGGACAAACCUCGUCAGCCACCUCACCACAAGGUGCGCAAGGGUCAAUUGGCUGCGACGCCCUACGAUUGGCCCCAUGAUUGUACCUUUACUCCAUACACGACUGCUCUGGUCAUCAUCGACAUGCAAAAGGACUUCUGCUCAAUUGGCGGAUACAUGCACUAUCAGGGCUACGAUAUCUCUCCAGCCCAAGCUCUGAUCCCCAAGCUGCAGGGCCUACUACAAGCGUUCCGCUCUGCCGGUUUCCCCGUGUAUCACACUCGUGAGGGCCACCGACCCGAUUUGUCUACUCUUUCCAGUCGCGAGUCAUAUCGCUCGCGCAACAACGCUACCGGUCUCGGCAUUGGCUCUCAAGGCCCAAUGGGUCGUCUGCUUAUUCGCGGUGAACUGGGUCAUGACAUUGUGGACGAACUGUACCCUAUUCAAGGUGAACCAGUCAUCGACAAGCCUGGACGCGGCGCCUUCACAUACACCGACUUGGAGCUCCUCCUUCGCAACAAAAGCAUCAAGAACCUUGUCAUCGCCGGCGUGACUACCGAUGUCUGCGUUUCAACUACCAUGCGUGAGGCUAACGACCGUGGAUUCGACUGCCUGCUACUGGACGAUGGUUCCGCGGCCGCUGAGCCUAAUCUUCACGCUUCCACCGUCGCGUCUGUCAAAAUGGAAGGCGGAAUCUUCGGCUCCGUCGGCAAAAUUGAAGAUGUGCUUCAGGCUGUUGAAAACUUCAAGGCUGCCACAAUGAAGAAGCAACCUUCCCAGAUGGCAGGCGAAGUCUGA